AAUCACUUCACUCUCACACACACAACGUGCAGUCGCGCGGUGAGCGGUGGAGCGAGCGAUCCCGAGGCAGCCCAUAGUUGUGUAGCUGUACAGAGGGUGACUGACAGAGGACCAAAACGCUGGCAACUAAUGGACAUAUAGUAUAUUGUUUUGUUUUUUUUACUCUGGAACCCUCUGCUACGGGAACAUAUUGAGGAUUAGCUUAGCAGCUGGUGAGAAUGUUCCAAACUAAGCACAGGAUGCUGCUAUAAAAGUGGUCCGGAGACGUACUAUAUAUGGUUGUUUCCGUAUCCGAGGAGGGGACAACAAACUGAUGUGCAGCGCUUCUGGUCACCAAGUUGUUUUCUGACGGCAAUUAACGCACUCGAUUUGAUAUCAGGGGGACCGUCAUUGGAUUUGAAGGAAUAGGCUAACCGUCGUCGGCUGAUCAAGUGGAUUGUUUGUUGUUGGGGUUUUUUAUCACGGGGAGUGCGUUGUUCAUGUAUUGUGGAUUCCUACUUGCGGGGAGAUAUUGAGGGCUGAAGUGGCUUCGUUCAGGAGAGGAAAGGGAUCGAAGCUUCUAGCCCGGCUGAAGCGCUCAGAACUGGGAUAGGCUACUGAGGAGUUCUCAUCCAUCCAAGACCGAUGCUGUGCCAGUCAAGCGGAGUGAUGGCGCUGAGGUGGGAUGCCACGCUGGUGUUGGCCGCCGUGCUUCUGGUUUGCUGUGGUGCCGAUCCCACUGACAUUCUCUACCGGAUGCUCGAGGAGCAGCCGCCCAACACGUUGAUUGGCAGCCUGGCAUCGGACGAGGGCCUGCCCGACUCAGGCCACCUCUACAAGCUGGAGGUGGGCACCCCUUUCCUGCGCGUGGACGGCAAGACGGGAGACAUUUACACCACAGAUGUCCCCAUCGACCGUGAGACACUGCGGGACUGCCGCAACCUGCUCGAGGGCGACAAGUGCUUCCUGGAGUUCGAGGUGUCUAUCACGGACCUGAAGCAGGGCCAGGGACCGCGGCUGAUCGAGGGUCGCAUCGAGGUGCAGGAUGUCAAUGACAACACACCCCAGUUCACCUCGCCCAUCCUCAUGCUGUCCAUCCCAGAGAACACACACAUCGGGGCACUCUUCUCCAUCCCCAUGGCCAGCGACAAGGACUCGGGCCACAACGGCGUGGCCGAGUACUCGCUUAGCGCCGGGCCUGACGCCGACCAGCUCUUCAGCCUGCAGGUGGCCGAGGACACAGACGAGAAGCAGCCACAGCUCAUCGUCAUGGGCAACCUGGACCGCGAGCAGAAAGACUCGUACGAUCUCAACAUCCGUGUGGUGGACGGGGGCACACCACCGCGAGCCAGCAGCGCCCUGCUGAGGGUGACCGUCACCGACCAGAACGACAACGCACCCAAGUUUGAGAGGAGCCACUAUGAGGCUGAGCUGGCUGAGAACAGCCCUGUGGGACACUCAGUCUUGCAGGUGAAAGCCAACGACGCUGACAUGGGUACCAACGGGGAGAUCGACUAUAGCCUGCACCAGGCCUCCGAUGCCGUCCAGAGGUUGCUACGCAUUGACCGCUCCACAGGGAUCAUCUACGUCAAGGGGCUGGUGGACCGCGAGGAGGAGAGCUUCCUCAAGUUCUUUGUGGUGGCCAAGGACCGUGGACCCAACUCCAAGAACUCCAAAGUCCUGGUGACCAUCAACGUCAGGGACCAGAACGAUAACGCACCCGCCAUUGAGAUUCGUGGCAUCGGCCUGGUCACCCACCACGACGGCGUGGCCAACAUCUCAGAGGACAUGCCCAUCGGCACGCCUGUAGCCCUGGUGCAGGUGUCGGAUCGAGAUGAAGGGGAGAAUGCUGUGGUCACCUGUGUGGUGGCCGGGGACGUCCCCUUCCAGCUGCGGCCCGCCAGCGAGUCAGCCAACGACCGCAAGAGGAAAUACUUCCUGCAGACCACGACCCUGCUAGACUACGAGCGCAUCAAGGACUACAGGAUUGAAAUAGUAGCGGUGGACUCCGGUAACCCUGCACUGUCCAGCACAAACUCCCUGAAGGUGCAAGUCACUGACAUGAAUGACAAUGCCCCUGUCUUCUCCCCCACCCUGUUUGAGGUGGACUUUGCAGAGGAGAAUCAGCCAGGUGAUAAGGUCCUGGAUGUGGUGGCCACGGACGCGGACAGCGGGUCCAACGCAGAGCUGACCUACAGCAUCAUCAUGGACUCGGCCACUAAGGGGCUCUUUGAGAUCGACCCCAAAACGGGAGAGGUGCACGUGAGAAAUACGCUGGACCGUGAGCACAGGGAGCAGUACGAGUUCCACGUGGCGGCGGCCGAUAAGGGCUCGCCUAGCCUGAGGGGGACGGCCACGGUGGUGGUCAAGGUGCUGGACCGUAACGACAACGACCCCAAGUUCAUGUUGAGCGGCUACAGCUUCUCCGUCUUGGAGAACAUGCCUCCGCUCAGCCCUGUUGGCAUGGUGACUGUCAUCGACGCAGAUAAGGGCGAGAACGCCAGGGUGCAACUCUCGGUGGAGCCCGACAAUGGCAAGUUUGUCAUCCAGAAUGGCACAGGCACUAUCCUCUCCAGCAUAUCCUUUGACCGUGAGAAGGAGAGCACAUACACUUUCCGCCUCAAGGCUGUGGAUGCCGGUGACCCUCCCAGGUCCUCCUACGUGGGUGUGACCAUCAACGUCUUGGACGAGAACGAUAACUCCCCCUAUGUCACCAAGCCCUCCAACUCCUCCUACAAGUACCUCCCACCUCUCACGACCCCCGAGACACGCGUGGAAGUGGUGGAGGCCGAAGACAUCGACACUGGACCCAACGCCGAGCUGGUCUUCAGCAUUACCGGCGGGAACCCCUACGGACUGUUUCACAUCUCGCCCAACAAUGGGGAGAUCACCCUGGCCCAGGAGUUCACCCGCAAGCACAACGGGCUCCACCGUCUGGUGGUUAAGGUGAGCGACAAAGGCAAGCCACCACGCCACACCACCGCCCUGGUCCACAUCUUCGUCAACGAGACCAUGGGCAACAUCACCCUGAUCGAGUCUCUGGUGGGUCACAGCCUCUACACUCCUCUGGACAGAGACAUUGCCGGGGACCCCAACUACGCGCUGGCCCAGCGCAGCAACAUCCUGUACGGCAGCCUAGCGGGCAUCGCCGGAGUCAUCCUGGUCAUCGUGGUGGUGGUGGUGAUCCGCCAUCGCAUGCAGAAGGACACCAAGAGCGGCUACCAGGCAGGCAAGAAGGAGAGCAAGGACCUGUACGCCCCCAAAGCAGGGCCCAAGAAUGGCAAGGGCAAAAAGAGCAAGAAGGGUAAGGUGCCCAAGCCCACCAAGCCACUGGAGGAGGACGAAGAGGCCAGCCUCCAGAAGGGCCUCAACUUCAACCUCAUAAACGAUAGUGUCAAUGACAGUCCCCGGAUCCACCUGCCCCUCAACUACCCCCCGGGCAGCCCCGACCUGGGCAGACACUACCGCUCCAACUCCCCACUGCCCUCCAUCCAGCUGCAGCCCCAGUCCCCCUCUGCCUCCAAGAAGCACCAAGCCGUUCAGGACCUGCCCGCCACCAACACCUUUGUGGGCACAGGUGACAACAACUCUACAGGCUCCGAUCAAUAUUCGGAUUACAGCUACAAGGCAAACCCGCCGAAAUACAGCAACAAACAGCUCCCCCAUCGCCGAGUGACCUUCUCCACGGCCAAUCAGGCUCAAGACCUGCAGGACCCCUCCCAGCACAGCUACUACGACAGCGGAUUGGAGGAAUCGGAGACUCCCAGCUCCAAAUCGUCAUCGGGGCCCCGCAUUGGGCCCCUGGCCCUGCCUGAGGACCACUACGAGAGGACCACCCCAGACGGCAGUAUCGGAGAGAUGGAGCACCCGGAGAACGAUCUCAGGCCUCUGCCUGAUGUGGCCAUGACUGGGAACUGCACCCAUGAGUGUACCGAGUUUGGCCACUCCGACGCCUGCUGGAUGCCUGGCCAGCCCUCCCCCAAUCGUAAGAGCUCCACCAAGAACGCCCCCAAGCUCUCCACCUUCGUGCCUUACCUGGAGAGUGAGGGGCAGGACCACCUCAUGGCCAACGGCAGCCCCAAGCCCAUGGCAGAAGAGCGUGGGAGUGGUGGAGGUGGCAGCGGAGGCUCCAAGGUGGCUAACAUCCGCUUCCUGCCCCCUUACAGCAGUGCCUUCUCCGGGGGCAGCGACUCCGGCAAAGGCUGCGAGGAGAUCCCCCUGAGCCAGGCAGCCGAGUACCACUCCGCCACCACACCCACCAACCAGGGCUCCAAGAGAGAGAUUUACCUGUGAGGGUGAUGAUGUGGCCACCACCCCACCACCUUCACCCUUACCCGUAUGCCCACUGUUCCUGACCCCAUGCCCCCAAGCCUACCCCCUCACUGCCCCUGUGCCUAGCUGCUGUGUCGUCUGAGAAGUACCAUAGCACCACCACCACCCUCCUUUUUAUAACCUCCUCCCACCAUAUGAGGCUUUAGAAUCCACAAAACCUCCAAUUCAUUAAAUAAAGAGUACAAAUCAGUCAAAGCCAAACGAAGAAGAUACUUGGCGAGUUCAAAUGCUACUGACAGAAUGUAAACUACACUAUCAUUUAAACAUUGUAAUAACUUAAUCGGAGACUAUUUAGUUAUGAUUGCGUGUUCAAGUUCUUCUUUUUUUUACGAUGGAUUUCCGUUGGAACUGAAAACAAUGAGGGUAGAAAGUGUUCUUGUAAAAUAGACACAUGAAUAUACAGUGUAUGGACAUCUAUUUUAGGUGUUCUUUUGGUUUUUCUGUUUGGUUUCCUUUUUUUAGAGGUAAGUGUCGGUCUCAACUCUGGGACCUCCAAUUAAUAAGCAAUAAGGCACGAGGGGGUGUGGUAUAUGGCCAAUAUACCACGGCUAAUGGCUGUUAUUUCGCACGCGCUCUGCGGAGUGCCUGGAUACAGCCAUUAGCCGUGGUAUAUUGGCCAUAUACGACAAACUCCUGAGGUGCCUUAUUGCUAUUAUAAACUGGUUACUAAAGUAACUAGAGCAGUACAAUAAAUGUACCCAUGGUAUACGGUCUCAUACACCAUGGCUGUCAGCCAAUCAGCAUUCAGGGCUGGAACCACCCAGUUUAUAACUAGAAUUAGAGCGGUGUUUCUCUUGCCUGACUACCCAAACUCCUUGCUCCGGCAAAAUGCUACACCAAACCCACGGAUGUUAGUUUCUUCUCCGCGACGAGUCAUCAUCCGAGUAUCCUGCGCAAAGAUUUCUAGAAGAGGAAAAAAACACUCUAGCCAUUCUGAUUGGUCCCAGAAACCAAUGGGUUGGGACAGAGCCAGAACAUGUGGGUAAAGCGGCAGUUUGAAAAUUCGACAUUGGCUUUGAUUGGUUAGAGAUGAUUCAAUCACUGAUUACUUUGUUUUGUACACCACCCCUCAUUUUAGUCGACACCACAAACAACUUCAAUGAUGGCAGUCUCAGACUGAAGUAUGUAGCGAACUAUAGAGCAGGGGAAGAAUUUAGUUCUCGUCGUCAGGCAAGUCCUGCUCCUACUCAAGAGGACACAGCUAACUGAUCAUUUUGCCAACCUUUUGCUCAACAUAAGACAUUAAAGUCCUCAACACAUUUUUCACAGCCAAGAGGUCUUUAUCAAUGUACAGAGCUGUAAAUACAACGGACAUGAGUUGGACUUUAAGCAUUUUAUUAGAUUAUUUUCCUUUGGCUGUGAAGAGCUUCAAUAAGAGCUGUACCUUUUUGAGUCAUUGUCGUUAACAUCUCACAGUGAUGUGGAACCUUUGUUGGUUGGUUGUGUUAUCCAUAAUGCACCGGUGGACAAUACCAAGUGUAACACUGGGAGGAUUUAUAACCUUUGACACAUCACUGAACAUGUGAAGCUACAGUACAAAUUUGUGACUUUGUAUUCCUCAUCUUUACUACGAUCUUGGACAAAAGAAAAACACUUGAGAAAAAAAUGGUGCUGGUGUUAAAUGUGUUGGCUGAAGUAGAUGUCAAUGUCUACUGCUGUGCAUUUUCAAUCCCUCGCCAUCCAAAUCUCAAACUCCUUGAUUGAGGUCUCCCUGAGGAUCAAUUCACACCAGGUAUCCAGUUGGAGAGCAACAAGAAACAGCUUGCUUUUGUUAAGGUGUAUCGUUCCAUGGUGCACGUACUCCAUAACUCUAACUCCCAUAUAUUGCAAUCUCUAGUUUCUAAGUUUGGCAAUUUAGUAGUCAUCUUUGUGAAAACUGAUGGUAUUUAUCACCUGCUGUUCCAAGUCAGCUCCCCACUGUAGCACGGCUGUUAGAGACCUGCUGUGGGUGUGAGGUAAAGGCUGUCCUGGUCCUGUGGUGUGACGGUGGUAGUAGUUGUAGAGUAGGGGAGGAUUCACAGCUCUCCUAUACACUAGCGCGCUAACCCCGCUAACCCCGCCAUGCAGAGGCAUUGCUCUAAUUGAGCCUGGAGGCAUCGUUCAUUAGCAGUGAUCAUUUCCACAUAUCAAAAGCGAGCAGGGUGUCCUGGCGGUUUGGAAGUUAAUUUUGAGUCUCAUAAUAAUAACUGCUGACAGUAAUGGGGAUUUCACCUGUGGCAAUGAGCAUCAGCCAUGAUUGGACUAAUGAAAACGCAUCGAGGAGAAAAAAGAGAGCGUGAAAAAGACCUCCAGACUACUAACACUACAGCUGGAGCUCUCGCACAACAUAAACACCACAGCAGGACACACUCAGAGACAUUGUUGUUGUUAUGGCUUGCUAGAAUACAAAACAUGAUUCAGGUGGGGUCAUUUAAGGGUCAUGGCAACAAAAAGCUAAGGUAACAAGGUCAGACUAAUAAGUGUAUCUUAUGUUCCUGUGCUUUGAAUUACAGUUCACAUUCUACAAGUCAAUGGCUGACUUGAUUGUGCGUGCUUCAAUGUAUACCAUGAUAUACAUGUGACUAAAUGGUUAAUCAUUGUAAAUAAUGCAUAAUUUAAAAAUCUCAGUCAUAGGUCUAUCAUGGUGACAAUCAAUCCCUGUGACUUUUGAAAAAGCACAUAUUUUAUUUAAAGCAACGUAAUAAAGGGAAGGCUACAUGAACAAAUAAGGCACGAAAGGAACGGUGGACAGCAUUGACUCUGUUUUGAAUCUGUUUGAAAUCAACUGUAUUUCAGUUCUACUGGGCUAUGUCAACAUUGUACAAUAUAUUACAUUAAUUAAUGAAUACAAUUUUCAUCAUCACUCAUUCUAAUGAACACAAAGUAAUGUUCAACCAAAUCCUCCCAAUGACUUCUCCACAGGAAGGUCCAUACACAGUAACAGAAGGAUCCUGGACCUCAAGUAACUGUUCAUUCAAAGUAUAUCUCAACGUUGAUUUCAUGUCCUUGUUUGAUCAUUUAUAGAUCAAACGCUGUUCCGAUAUUAAGUCACUGGUUUACCCUGUGGUGUUCCUUCACAGCAAACAAGCAUUUUCUUCUCCCUGGUGACAGGGCCUCUAGUCGCCUGGUUCUCCCUGACGGGGCCUUUAGAUCCCUGGUUCUCCCUGACAGGGCCUCUAGUCGCCUGGUUCUUUCUGACGGGGCCUUUAGAUCCCUGGUUCUCCCUGACAGGGCCUCUAGUCUCCUGGUUCUCCCUGACAGGGCCUCUAGUCUCCUGGUUCUCCCUGACAGGGCCUCUAGUCGCCUGGUUCUUCCUGACGGGGCUUUUAGAUCCCUGGUUCUCCCUGACAGGGCCUCUAGUCCCCUGGUUCUUCCAGACGGGGCCUUUAGAUCCCUGGUUCUCCCUGACAGGGCCUCUGGUUCUCCCUGACAGGGCCUCUAGUCCCCUGGUUUUCCCUGACAGGGCCUGUAGAUCCCUGGUUCUCCCUGACAGGGCCUCUAGUCCCCUGGUUCUCCCUAACAGGGCCUUUAGUUCCCUGGUUUUCCCUGACAGGGCCUCUAGUCCCCUGGUUCUCAUUGACAGGGCCUUUAGUUCCCUGGUUCUCCCUGACAGGGCCUCUAGUCCCCUGAUUCUCCCUGACAAAGCCUCUAGUCCCCUGGUUCUCCCUGACAGGGCCUCUUGUCCCCUGGUUCUCCCUGACAUGGCCUCUAGUCCCCUGGUAACCUCUCUUGCCCACCCAUGGACUGAUCAGGACCUCCAGCGCCGGAGGGAUAGACUCUAAGCCCUUCUGAGCUCCAUCUUCCGAGUUGAAAUAGCUGAUAUACAGAGGGCUGACGGGGAAGAGGGCUGCGGGGAGGAGGGGGAGGGGGAGGAGGGGUCCUUGAACAGCAAAUGGGGAGGGAGAUGGAGAUAGAGAUGGAGUGAGAGUAAAUGAUUUGUGAAGGGGGUAGGUCAUGUGGCACCAAUUAACCCCAGCUUUUUGUGGUGGUGCGGAGAAGCUGACCUUUGAGAUGUGAUGCUAUUUGCUUUCCUUUAACCUUUGAGGCUCAAUGUGAACACAGGGUGAAAUUUGAGAGAGGAUGAGGAGAGCAUGUGUGUGUGUGUGUGUGUGUGUGUGUGUGUGUGUGUGUGUGUGUGUGUGUGUGUGUGUGUGUGUGUGUGUGUGUGUGUGUGUGUGUGUGUGUGUGCACGCGCUUGUAUGUAGCACACAGGUGUAUUUUCUGUAUUUGUAGCUUUAGAGGUGCUGCCUGCAUACUGUAAAAAGAUGGCUCCACCUAAGCUCUAUGGACUCUUCUGACAGUCUCACAAACUCUCACUCUCUCCAAGGGGAAUCACCUGGAGUUUAUCCCUAGAGAGGAGCUGUCACAGAUACUGGCAGGAGAAGACUGUGUGUGUGUGUGUGUGCGCGUGCAUGCGUAUGAGAGAUUGUGCACGUGUGUCUAGCACCACUGCAGCAGCAUCCUAUUUUAUGCUGAGGCAAAGCAUGCCUGUGUUGAUUUGGUUGGUUUAUUGCUUUGUGUGUGCAUUUUAUUCAAUUGUAUUCCUUAAUUCAUGAAGCAUGUAGAACUCUUUACCUCAACGGAUCGGCUUAUACAGUAACUGGUCCGUGAAACAUGGAACGCAGUCAGUGCAGAUAGGCGUAACAUGGAUGACAAGGGAUAUUAUUUGGCACACCUUUUUCACAUCCCUUUUGUGUUAAUGUGCUCAGAAAUGUUCGAAUCCUCAUCAUGAUGAAAGUUCCACCUCGUUUGCUUUUAAGAGACUAUUUAACAGAGUCAGAGAAUUGGCUGUGGUCAUAAAUAUGGUUGGAUAUGAAUUAUAGUGAAUAGAAAAUGGAAUGUAGAUCAGUACUUGUAAUGUUAUCAAGGGAUUCCCUUGUUGGUCUAUAUAUCUUGAUUCCUAAGUAUUCAUUAAAGCAACCUAGAAUGAGUUUAGAGCGCUAAUUGAAAUCACUUUGCUUUCCAGUGUGUGACGUUUCGGUGUGUGUUUUGAAAAUGGCUCAGUCAAUGGUAUGUGGAGUGGCAUUGAGCCCUCAUUUGUAGGACCCCACCAUUAUAAUGACAUCACUGGGAUGGGCAGUUCAAUUCGAUGCCCACCUCCAAGGUCUAUCAAUUAUGUUAACGCUCCAAUCACAUCGCAUUAUGGUGUCAAAUCAUACCAGCAGAACAAACAAUACACAGUUAAUCAAGGUGCAAAUAUCAACUGGGGCUGGUCAAAGACAUAGGUAGGUGCUGGUUGUUCCUGAUGAGGACAUUUAGUAGAGCAUGAAAAAGCCAAUUUUAUAAAUAUAUACAUUUUUGUUGUUGUCAAUGUUGUUUUAUUAAUAGAAUAAAAACAACACAGCUAUAAACAUAUACAUAUAAAUGGUAUUUGCUAUUUUUACCAGAGGCAUUGGAUUUUUGGCUUUGUAAAAUAUGUCCUGCAUUUCCACAAGGCAGACUGUGUUCUACGUUUCCUGUUUCCCGUAAUGAUGGGUGCUUAAUGACAGCAUAACUCGAACAUACUCACAAUACAAUGAAACACACAAAAUGCUAUGACAUGGAAACGGAACUGUCAUAACUUUGAAUAAACAAUCACAAAAUCAGUUAAAGGAACUGAAAGAAAGCAGAUGAUGCUUAUUGAGAAAACAGUUCAUCUGAAACGAUCUCACUUUGUGCCAUGUAGAGUUAUUCAGUUAUUGGGUUCCUCAUUCCUUUCUUACCCCAAAAACUGAAGAAAGUGAAACUUGCUCCCUUCAAGGUAACUACAAAAGGUCGGGUGAGCUUUCUAAACGAGAAGAAGAAAACAGGAAUCAACAGCUGCCGCUAAAUUAUGUCUUUAUAGAAAGUCAAACUUUGUAGCCUAAUUGUUGGUUAUAUACAAUAUAUAUAGGAAACAUGCUUGUGAUGCCUUGUUUUCUGGUACAGUUUUAUGUACAUGCAAGUGUAGCUUUUUUUUAAAUGAAGAAAAAAACCAUUGUGAAAUCCAACGACAAGUCUAAAUUGUAAGAUAUUUUUCCCAUUAGGGUAUGUUAGGGUGUGAGUGGUCAGGUUUGUGCAGAAAUGGUGAGGAUACUGAUUCUGUCUAAAACCUCUUCUGUAACUACUCACUGGCUUUAUGGCUUUUUACUCUGUUUAAUUUUCAUUUAAAUUUGAUCUUUAUUGCAAAAUAGUGGCUUUGAGGAAAUCUGGUUCUAUGUUUGUUUUUAGCCUAAUUAGUUUUAUUAUGUUAAGAUCAGUAUCUGCAUGUUUGAACAAUAAAUGUGGUCUUUUAUUUUUGCUGAGCAAAUCAAAGAAACAAUAUCUUGUAAUUAUCCUUCCUUAUAGCUUUACAAUAAAAUACAUUCAAUAAAAAUGUGUUUGCCUUUUUUGGCAGUUCUGUA